AUGCUUUUUCUUUCGAUUUUGCUGGGCGUUGCCCUCGGAAUCGAGCACUUUCCCUCGAAAUGGGGCUUUGGGGAUGAGAUUGCGCCGUAUGAGCUAGAAGAUUUGACGGCUUUGGAGGAAUAUGUCAGACGGCCAGAUCCUCAUUUUCGAUAUGAGCUUUGGGAAGAGUGUUCUGAGAGAGAAGCUACCUAUAACAUCUACUGCUUUAAAAUGUGGUCUCAACAGUGGCUCAAUGAAAGUGUUUGGUAUUCUCCUCAUCAUGAAAAUGCAGUCUGGUGGCACUGGAUGGUCGUCAUUGUGCCACGAAAAUUUGACGAGGACAUGAAGAAUCACGUGUACAUGCAGAUUGAAGCUGGCAGCAACGGAAACAACAACUACCCGAAUAUUCAUGACAACGAAGACAUUGACGCGGCUAAGAUUCUUGCUGUCGGCGGUGGUAUUGUCACUUCUAUUAUCUUUCAAGUCCCGAAUCAACGAAUCAAGUUCUACGACGAUUGGUGGUACGAGAACGGCGAGCCUCAUGGUAGAAAAGAAGAUGAAUUCUGCGGCUACACUUGGCGUCUUUUUAUGAAUGACUUGACUGGCGAGCCUAUGCCAGAAAUGGCCAAGGGUUGGGGUGAAGAGAUCAUUGCUUACUUCCCAAUGACCAAGGCUGCUACGAAGGGACUAGACCUUUUGGAAGAGUUUUUGAAGGAAGAAAAGAACAUAGACGUAGAGGGUUUCCUCGUCGCUGGUGGAUCGAAGCGAGGUUGGACCACAUGGUUUACCGGAAUUGUUGAACCAGUGAGAGUGAAAGCAAUUGCUCCAGUUGUUUUGGACGUUUUGAACAUGCAUACGAGCUUGAAGCACAGUUUUAUGAUGCUCGGCAACUGGUCCUUUGCUUACGAAGACUUCUACCGCGAGAAUAUUACCCAGAACAUCGAUACCGAGGAGUUCUUUGAGCUCAUUCAGCAUAUCGACGUAUUCACUUAUCGAAAGAAGCUGGCUAAUAUGCCGAUCGUUGCUGUCACGUGCUCUGGAGACCCGUUUUUCAUGAUUGACGAUUCUUCUUUCUAUCUCGAACAAAUGAAGGAACUCGGCGAAAUUCAUCGGUAUUUGAUGGGAAAUUGCGAGCACUCAACUUUAGGACAUUCGUUGACCAACGGAAACAUGUUCCGAAAUAUCUUUGCUUGGUUUAAAAAUCUGAUUCUCGGAAACAAAUCCCCGGGAAUCUCCUGGGAGCACGGAUUCAACGGCGAUAUUCUGUGGGCGACUUUGACCAUCGAAGGCGAUUUAUUGCCAGACGAGGUGAAUAUCAAGUACAGUGAGACUGUUGAGGAAGAACGAACGACGCUUUGGAGAAAAGACUGGCGAUGGACAAUUCCAGAGAAUGAGUGGGAUCUUCCCGGUUAUCAUGAAUCGGACAAAUACCCAACUUCAAAGAGUGAAGAACGGGGAGGCCAGCCAGUGCUCAUUCGCCCGGUCAAAGUAUUUCCUCGAAAAGCGAUUGGAGUUGAUGAAAAAACUUAUUAUUUCGAAAUGAACAUCCCAAGCACCGGUUGGUUGGCAUUUUGGUUCGAUGCGACUUUCACGCUUCCAUCUGGUGACGAGUUUACCACUUCAUCUGAUACCUUUAUUGGCCCUGAUACAUACUUGACUUCCGAGCCUGUUUGCUUCGGAGAAGGAGAAUGCAGAGGAGGCCUGGUCUAG